UGGUCGAACCUCAUAUAUAGGUUAUCUCUCACAACAGUGGCAACAAUCACCCUAACAUGUGAUGCACUCAUGCACCACACAUUAAGCCAUGGCAAUCUUCACAAAUUCUAAUCUUAAUGGUCGACGCAAUGAGGUGCUCGCACCACGAGCUAGCUUAGUUUCAUCUCGUAGCUAGGAGACAAGGAUUUCUAGGAUCUUAUCCGUACCGACGUCUCUGACGUACACUCGUCUCCCCCAGGCAGUUCCACGCCCUCAGUCGUACGUACGUGUCCAUGCAGAGGUUCCCUAUAUAAACGAACCAAGUCCCAAAUUCCAAUCCAUCUUCCAAAAACAAUUGCUCUAAUAAUCACAUCAUCAAAUACGUACAGUUUCGAUCAUUUGCACACCGACUGUCUGCGUCUUUGGGAAACUGAUCAACAUGGCGCAUUACCAGAGCGAGUACGGCAGAGACAAGACCACCGACGAGUUCGGAAACCCGAUCCGCCGGACUGAUGACCCUGUUCACCAUGGUGUAACUGAAGCAGCCACCGGGUACGGCACUCAUGACACUAGAACAGGGUACGGAACUCAUGACACCACCGGAACGGGGUACGGGACUCAUAGCACAACUGGUACAGGCUACGGAACUCAUGGCACCGCCACUGGUCCCACUGGCUUCGAUGCAACAACGGCCGGCGUUCACAGCGUCCCGCUUCACCGCUCUGACAGCUCAAGCUCUUCUGAGGAUGAUGGGUACGGCGGGAGGAGGAAGAAGAAGGGCUUGAAGGAGAAGAUAAAGGAGAAGCUGCCAGGUGGCACACACAGGUCCGAGGACCGUUACGGUGCGACUACUACACCUUACGGUGGACAGCACCAGGAGAAGGGAAUGGGCGGGAGGAGGGAGAACAAGGGUUUGAAGGAGAAGAUCAAGAAGAAGCUGCCAGGAGGCAACAGUGACCAUAGCGGCACAACUAAUACGCCACCGUUUGAUACCAGAGCCCAUGAGAAGAAGGGCAUGAUGGACAAGAUCAAAGAGAAGCUUCCCGGCCACCAUUAAAUCGACUGA